CGAGAGCACAAUUACUGUUUCUUAUGAUUGCGAUUUCUGGAACGAAUAUUGCUACAGCUUUGUUUCGAGGAACCUGUUGAUACUGCUGCUUAACCAUCCUGUCUUUUCGGGAUUCACCCAUCUAGUUCGAGAUCAUGCCUCGGUUUGCAGUUCCUGAAAACGCGCAGCCGUACCUGCCAAACCUGGAGACGGAGACCUAUGAGCAGGAUACCAAUGGGUUUUUCUUGAAUUAUUUUUCGGCCUUCGUCCAGAAAGAUGACAAUACUGGCCCGUAUCCGCUUCUAUCCAUUUCUACCCAGUAUCACUUUGGACCGGAGCGCAAAUCUCGCGACGUUUGCGUCGUCGCAUCGCCCCAUGGCGCCCGGCAGGUGGCACCAAAAAUCCCAGGAUGGAUUCACGAAUCGAAACCCGGACAAGUGUAUGUGAAGAAGCGUUCAGCUCCGGGGGGCCGCGAUAUCCAGGACAUGCUGCAGUGCGAGUCUCGGCGGUCGCGUAUCGGGAAGCAGUUGCUGGACCGAUUCAUGAAUCAACAUAUGCUGAACCAAAUGGAGUCCUACGGGUGGAAGGAGCUCUGGGGCUCGUCCGGUGUUGGCUCGAGGUGCACCAUCUGGCAGAUGGAUUUUGAUAACAACGCCAUCUACCGUAUGAUUUCGUGUAAUGAAGAACAACCGGAAAAAGAACUGCUGAAAGCCGUGAAUGAUCCGAAUCCGAUCCACUUCCCGGCAGGGUUGUGGAACAUCGGAGUGGAAGCUGACCAGGAGGUGCUGGAGAAGAUGGUGGGAUUCAGCCGGGGCGGAAUAGUUGGCGCUGUGGACAAGCUGCGGGAGUUGGAUGAAGAGCGUCUGAAGAGCCUGAACGUUCGUCUACAGAACCCCGCCCCUGUGCUAGUGGAAGAGAUGGAUGUAGACGAUUCCGGUGAUGAGAAUUCGGGAAGUGACUCUAGUUACGCCCAAUCCUCAUCACAUUCAUCGUCAUCGGAAGAGAUUAAACUACGUGAGCGGAAAGGCCGGGUCACCAAGGCAGCGGCGCGGAACGGGCGGCGGGGUGCUGCGGCGCGGUCACUUGUGGAUGGCGGCGGAGACGUCGUCGUAGGGCUCCUCCGGGAGGUAGUCCUUCAGCGCGCCCCGCAGCGUAGUGUCGGCGUAUUCCCUGGUCAGCCCGGCGUCCAACGGGACCCCGUAUCCCCCUUAGCUGCCGUGCACCCGCGCCGUCUCCAGCUACUCGCAGUGAAUCCCCGGCACGCCCGCCCCUCCCGGCUUCUUGGGCUGCGCGUGGAUGACCUCGGUGGCGGUGCGGCCGCCGUCCACCACCACCGUCUUGCGGCCGGAAUUGCCCGCCAGUGCGGAGGUGUGCGGAUUACAGACGCCAACCGCCAACGCUUGCAGACGGCCCGCUUCACGACCACCAGCCGGGCCAGCACCGCCGUCCUAGACCAGAACAACGACGGCGCGUUGCCCAUCCAUCACGACAAGGCACGACGUUCUUCCUCAGCCGCCUCCACCGCUGCCACACCUCCGCUGACCGCUACGGCGCUACCGGAUCGCCGCGCACGCAGCACGGCCGACGACAAACGACGCCAUCCGGUCGUUCAACGGCGACCUGUCACCCGACUCAAUUUCGGCCAGCACA